AUGGCCAGGGCGGCGCUGUCGCCGACAGGGCGAACCUUGAUCCUUGUCCAGCGCGACUACGAGGCGCGGGCGGCGGCGCUCGAUGCCAAGCCGCACGUGCAGGCAUGGAACAACGGCAGGGAUGCCGUUUCCUCCGUGCUGCGCUCGUUUGGCACCGUGCGCAGCCUCGUUGUCGGGGCCUACGCGGAGGCGUCGGACGACCUGCAUCAGCUGUUCGACUGUGUGGUGGAUCCGGCAUCCAAGCAGCACUGGAGGCGGAUCGGCGCGCGUAGCGCGAAGGAGGCGCGGUCCUACUUCGCUACGACGUUGCGGCGGGCGUGGGGCGUGCACUUUGCGCGCGAGUUCGCGCGGCACCGCAUCCGACGCGUGGUGUUCGUGGGGGCCCCGCGGCGACAGCCGGGCAGGCCUCUCGCGACGGCCGAUGGCGACUGGCCGGCGCCGCUGUCGGCGGGCGAGUUUGCGGCGCACGCGCUGCGCGUAGGCGGCGCGUGGGCGGGUGGCCCGCCCCCGUCGGUGAGCACCGGACGCGAGGGUCGGUCGGUCGGCUCCUAA